ACUACAACGAGCAUAAACACAAUAGAGAGAGUGUUUAGAGAGCUUCGGUUUUUGCACAAAACCGCGAGUACAAAGAGGAGCUGUUUUGUCCUGGAGACGACCGGUUGAUAGUCUGCCAUACGCAUCGAGGGCAGUGUCGCGAACGUCUUAAAGAGAGCGACCUAGUCCGCGACUCAGCUCCAGAUUCGGUAACCACGUUCUUGUUGUUGUUUCGUUCCUAACAGGUUCUCUUGCGGAUGCUCUCCUCUCCAGCCGACACUCUCGUGGCUCGGUGGCUGCAACCAAGUCGAUGCUCUCUUCUCCAGCCGAUGCGCCCGCCGUUUCACCCGCUGCCGUCUAUUCAAGAUGUUAGGAAGGAAGAUCGGGAUGCGGCCGCCAACCGAAGUUUGUUGAGUCUUAUCGGUGGUGGGAUUUAAGGGGGCAGCGGAAUUGAAUUCACCUAACGUCGAUCGGGGAGGUAGCAGCCAAGUAGAGGGAUCAACCAGGUAUCGGCGAGCUGUCCUUACUUCUCUAGCCGUAGGGCAUGAGAAACCGGGAGCCGCGGCCGGGGAUUGACCGGCUGCGGAGACUUCAUGGGAGGAGGGGCUUGUGGAGACGAUGCGUUGGGUAGAGGAAUUUCUUAAGCGUUUUUUAUUUAUUUUAAUUAUAGUUUGACUAUUAAUAAUUAAAACUAAAUUAGCAUGAGGGAUAAUAAAGUCAUUCCCCACCCACUUAAUAGGCAUUUAACGGAUAAUUAGACAUAAUAUUAUAUUUGUUAUGUUUUAAUAGUAGAAAAGUGCGUUUGUAAAAAAAAAUUAGUAAAUAAGUACAUUUGUUAAUUUACGAUAGUAGAAUGGUAGAAAAUGCUAUUAGCCCAAAAUAUAUCAAUAAAAAGAGAUUGAUCAUGUUUGUAAAGGAUUUGAUCUUUGACUAUGGCCCACCCUGUUAUUGUAUAGAUUCGUGGAGUUUCCACUUCGACCAAUGGGUGGGCUAGAUUAGAUACUAAUGAGCCUUGUUGGACUACCAAUUAGAGAGGUUUAGAUAUUUAACAUCAACAUCAUUAGCUUUUAAUUGCUAAUUAGAUCUGAACAUUGACAUAUAAUCGCAUUUAAAACAUGACAAUUACAUUUGGGAGUGAAAUCAAGGGCACAGAUCAACACUAGAUUGCCGGAUUAUUUUGGCUUGGGUGGUUUUGAGAUCCGCCCCAUCAGAAUCUAUCAUUGGCUAGCAUUCCCAUUUCUUAGUAGGCUAUGACAAUCUAUCAUAGAAUGGAUUGAUAAUCCGUGUAUCUGUAAAGUAUUUCACAGUGUCAAAGAUCUUGUGUUUGAAUUGCCCGAAUGAUGAAUUUUGUUUCUUGAAUGAUGUAUUUGUUCAAUCAUAGUGGUUUAGUGUAAUCUUAUUAGGUGAGAUGCAGAUAUUUUGGAUACUCUAGUUAGAGAAGGAAAAUAUGUCACCGUAUGAUCGACCAAAAGUUUGGUAAGGCAUGAAUUUACUUAAGUAGUUAAGUACAACAUAUGAUAAACGCUCCUAACAGCAUGUGUAAUAUCAAAGUUUUAAUUUGGCGAGACAAUGUGACUCUCCAAUCCCAAUAAUUAAUAUGUUGGUUACUGCCUUUAAAUCCAACCACCUUUAUUAUGGGGUGUUACCCGACCACUGAUAGAUGUAUGAAUCUCGUCUCCAACAGAAUGCGAAUUGUUGUUGUAGAAAGUAGAAACGCAGUUUAGGAUCAAACUACAACGAGGUAUGACCUUGUGGAUCAUGAAAAGGAGGCUUCCUUUGGGAUGAAAGCACACCACAAUUCUUCUUUUUUUUUUUUACCCGAGUAAUGUCAAGACAAUAGUUAGAAAGAACCACUACCCACAAUCCCUCCCCAACCCACUAACAAUUCACUCUACAAAAUCAAAAUAAGCUAACUAUAACCGAGACAACAACAGGACUUUAAGUGCCACUCUAUGAGCAACCCAGUUGGCAGUCCACGAAACCUCACUAAAAUACACCACAAUUCUCUUAUCAAUAUGAAAUGUGUAUCUUCUAUUGAAAGAAAGAAACCCACCGCAGCCCCUGGUACUGUACACGCAGACACCUUUUACUGUACAACGUGACUGGGAAUUACUGUUUCAAACUGGCGUGGGCUGGCGUGUAGGCUGUUGUUGGGUGAGGCCUCAUUGGGAUCUGACGGAGUUUGGGGGCUCGGUCGGGGUGGGACUGGUCGUUAGCUUCUGGUUGGCCUUAGUUGGGGUCGUUUGGUGGCCCGGACGCGCGUUGGUCAUCAGAGAUCGGUAUGUGACUUUGCCCCUAGCGGGUGCGCGGUCGAGGCUUAAUCAGUUGCUCUAGGUGUUCUGCUCAGUGGAGAGAUGAGUCGUUCGAGAGACAGAAAAGGAUUCUUCAGAUACACAGAGAGAUAUUGAGAGGGAUGGGCUCGCGUUGUUCAAUGCAGAUAGAGGCUUAGAGAGGCUGGAGGGUUUUGGGGAAAGUACUGAAGUGACUGAGCUCUGCAGGAACAAAUAUCGAUUUAUUUGUGUCCACUCAUUGCAGCUACGGAGCUACCGUCGCUUCUUUCUUUCUGUUUUCUUUUUCUACAGAUUUUGGAAGAAGGCCCAAAUAUAUGAGCGAAACUCUCUUGCGGUUCUCUCUCUCUCACACUCUCUUUCUCUUCUCUCCUCUCAACCCCUCUAUUGCGAGGAGGUUCGUCAGAAUCGCUGAGACCGUCGAUGGAUCGCCGGAUUCCUCUCUCCCAUGGUGAGAAAGGUUUGGAACUACAGAUACACAUGUAUUUUUGACUCUCUAUAGUGCUUUGGUUCUAAUUUUAUUUUUCGUUCUGAUUGAGGGGAUUCGACGGAGGUCGUACAGCCGCGCCCGGGCAAUCCAUGCCAAGUAUUCUCCUGGAGGAACGUUGAUCUCUCUGUGUGGGUGUAAGCUUGAUGAUUGUGGAUGAAGAUGGAUCUCUCUAACGGAGUGGAGAAUCUGAAGUUGUGCUUGCGAAUUUGGCCCGAGGAAUCCCUAAGUAUGCCUUCUUAAUUCUAUCCCUACCUCUUUUAUUUUUGUGCUUUCCAGGGAGUAUCUCACUGUCUUCUUUUUCCUUUUCCCCUCAUCAGUGAGGUCGACGAUGGGUGAUUCUGAGUUUCAAACAACGCAGUUAAUCGUUGGUUGAUCAUGGUGGAGGUGACAAAUCCAUAUCAACCAAAUAGCAAAGGAACCAGAAGUCAUGUAAGCAAUGGUCCCUCUGUUUAUUAUUAUUUUUUUUUUUUUGUUUUAGUUUGUUGAUCCAUUAUUUUGUUCUUGCCAGUUUGCUAUGCUUUUAGCUAGGUUUCUUUGGGUUCUUUCUAUUUUGUUUCCCUGCAAAUGACAUUGUUUCGUCUCUUUUCAGGAAGCUGUGGGUAGACUUGGGCGAUGAAAUCUGCCCAAUGGAACAACAAUGUAGAUUUGUGGAGUGGGGAUGUGCCGGUCGGUUUUCAACGGGGUCCCCUCUCAACUGGGAAAUGUCAGUGGGAACCUUGGAUCUCAUGAAUACAACCAGGUUUAUCGUGAUGGUGUUGUGGCGCAUAUCACCAUUCACAGCCCCGAGUGUUCCCUCUAAUUCAUUCAUCUAAUGCUUUCUUACUGGUAUUUAUCUGUCUAAUUGUUCAUUUAUCGCAGGUGUCAUGGUCAUUUGUCAACAUGAUUUGUUUGAGUGAAACUUGGAUUGAGCAGGAUAAUGGGUGAUGUUGAUCUUUUUCAGUUCUUUGCCAGGUAGGCUUUAUAUUCCGUUAAUUUCCCGUUUUGUUUUGUGAAUUUUGUUCGGCUUUUGCUUAAUAAAUCUCUUAUAUAUUGGUUUUGAUGGUUUGUUUUUCCUUUUUAUAGCUUGAACUCAGAAACAAUGUUGAUCUUGAUAUUAUUCUGCCAAUUCAAUGUGAGCUGUUUCCUUCUUUAGCUGAUUUGUCUCUUUUGUUCUUUGUUUUUUGUGGUGUUUUGUGUCGGAUUAUGAUAUUGUGAACACUUGAUUCUCAUUAUAUGAAGAAAGCAACUUGAUUAUCAUGCCCUGCUCUCUGUUUUUCAUUAUCAAUGAUUUCCUUAUGCUGGCUUUGUUCGUUUGUUUCUUCAUAUGCAGGUAAAAGUUGAUCUUUGAUGUCCAGGUUGUUGGCAGAGGAACUUUGUUUUGUGAAGUAAUGUCUGUUAAUGUGGUCAAUGGGUGAAUUCAGGGUGCCAUCUCUGACAUCGUUGCUUUGAUGAGCUUUUUUGGUGACAUUUGGGUUGUGUAUGGUGUUGAGUAGUUGAAUGUGUAUCAUUUUAUUAUUCAUGCGUGUUUAACAGAAACUGUUUGUAAUGUAUGGGCCUCACAUUUAUGGAUAGUUCAGCAUAGAAAUGAAUGAUCACUUGAUAGGGUGAUGCGUGUUUUGCUCAAAAUUGCAUGCAUACAUUAUGAUUUUCGUUUGGCAUUGUGUUGUUGAGUUCAUCUUUAAUAUGCCUUUCUGGGAAUAGUUGGUCCUUAAAAUGGAUAAUCCGGCAAAGGUGGUUUUGUGUGAGUUUGGUAGCCAUCAUUAUGACUAAGGUUUAUUCUAAUGUGCAUAUGUUUUCCCAAAUUCGGCCGUGGAAAUGGGAUACAUAAUAGACCUAUUGGUGUCUUGAAUGAUUAGAUGGUUAUUUUUGUUAUUGCUUUUGGGGCUGAAAGGUAUCGAACAAAACUCGAAAUUAUGCGAUUUCUCUAAUCACUCUAAAAUCAACUAUGUUAUAAAUAAUCAUCCGGAGAAAUCUGGAAUCCAACCAUGUUCUUUAAGUACUUCAAAUCCCGGCGCAAAGCGCCGGUAAAGAAUUCUAGAUUAGGACCAAAGUUGAAUCCACCACAAUUCUAUGUCACAUACCAACGAUGAAUUAGAAAUGAAUUAGUAUCACGCGGCGGAGCGCGAACUUAUUUCUAGUUUUCAUCAUAAUCAUCUAAAACAAGAAAGUGCUACCUUGGGAAAUUGGAAAACUGUCAACAACCACACUAUUGCUCCAGCUAUGGGUAGAAAGUAUAAGCCCAGAAGAUUGGGCCAAGUUGAGCCCAGAGCCUCAAAGCCCGAACGAUGAUUCACUAUAUGAAUCAACCAAAUGGCGAUGAAGCCCAGUUUUGCUUCUUUUAUGUAAGCCUGGCCCAAACAAACUAAUAAAGCCUACCUGUUGGAAUCCUAGCCUGCCACGUAGCGAAGGCCUGAUCCAAUCCUUUCUCCAUCCCACGGAACCGCCUCAACAGAAAUUAGGGAGAGGCCGCGGGAACAAUAUUCUCCUUACGCCUGAGAUUUCUGUUUCCUCCUCACCUGCGAAACAAAAUGUCGAACAUUGGAGUUGCCAAAGGGAUUCUAGAGGUCGCGAAGUUCGCCGUGUACGUCAGCGUUCCAGUCUUUCUUAUGAGUUUCGCCGCCGAUACCAAGUUCAUGAACAAAUUAACCGGCAAGCGAGAUUACAUAGUGUAUCCACCGGAAGCAGAGAGGCCGCAAUCGCCAGAGGAACUCAGGGAAAUGGCCAGACAACUAGCUCGAGAAAGGAAAGCUCAGUGAUGCAUUGCUGCUGGUAAUGCUGUGAGUUUGAUAUUGUAACUUCUUUCUUCCCAGGGAGAAUCACUAUGAGUGUAGUAAUAUGCCGAAAAUAAUGCGUCGUUGGAUUUUGUUUCCAGAACUGGAGUAUGAAUAAGUUUACGUUGUUUCAGAAUUCAAAUGUGUAUUGUGGCUUCUGCUUGCUACUCUGUUUGUUCAUAGAUAGAAUACGUAAUGCUGGCCUGCUAGCCUGUGCAGGCUGUGCUGCAGUAGAUUUUAAGACUGAUAGGCGUGUCUGCAAUUGCAGAGGUCUUAGUGUUCAUGCUUCUCUCUGCCGUCGUGCCUGCAUAUAUAAGUUUGCUUAGCCAGCCUUAUUGUCACCUAAGUCGGCUUCUAGUUUUCCAUCCUUCACAUCCAGCAUCAAACAACCUGUGCCUCAGCCAUUCACUACUAGAGGAGAAGCAGCAACACCAUCGAUUGAGGUUGGCCUAAUGAACCCUUUUCAUUGGUUGGGUUUGAGAAAUUGGGAAGCCGAAUUUAGAAUCCAAUUCUUAAUUGUGGGUUGGGGCGAGAGGCUUGUGGUGGUUUGUAUGCAUGUUUCUAUUAAAGGAAUGUGGAGUUGUGGGUAUAUUUUGCAAGCAUGUUCAACCUUCAUUCCAUUCAAACUCUUUAUUGCUUCUUGUCCUUCCAACUAACGAGAGGAACCCACGAAGGCAGAGAUUACAAAAUAAUAAUUUGUAACUGAAUUUCUAUCCGACCAAGUUCACAGUAUCUUUAAGUUGUGAAGAGCGGAGUACACAAGGCUCUUUUAAGUAGGGGUGUCUGUUCUGUUCGGGUAACGGAACCCGAAAACUUGAAACUGUCAUUGAUUUGUAACCCGAACCCGGAAUGCUGCCUUGCGGGUUUCGGGUACCCGGACUUGAAAAUUGAGUUAGCAGUUUUGGUUCGGUUUGUUUGAACCAGAAAACCGAACCUUCUCCUCGUUGAGCACUCCGUCCAGCCGCACCUGUUGUUUCAUUCUUAAUUCCGGAACCCUAAUUUCUCUACCAUUCCUUCUUCUCCUCGCCUCCACUCCCACCAACACCUGUUGUUACUUUUUCAUUUCUUCUCAUCCUCACUUAGGGAUGGCAACGGGUCGGACCGGGGACGGAUAUUUAUUAUCCACUCCCUAGCCAUCAAGAUGUAUGGAAAGUAAAUUCUGUACCAUACUCAUAUCCGACGGGUAUCGGGCGGGUAUACAUUUAUCCACGGAUAGUGAAUUAUUAUUGAAAAUUGGGUAGGUUAAUUUAUUAAGAGGCAGAGGAGAAAUGAACAUUAUUGGAAUCU